CCGGGCUGGAAGAUUCUGGAAGUUCCGUCCGUUGGUUGUACAGGAGUACACUACUCGAUGAGAAGAGAGGGCUCAACCCUGUAUUCCACAGUAAAACCAGUAAGAGUUUAAUCUGCUGGUUGGCCACCAUGGUGAAAGAGACUGGCUUUUACGACACACUGGGCGUAAAGCCUAGCGUUAGCCCUGAGGAGCUAAAGAAAGCCUAUCGCAAGCUGGCAUUGAAAUACCACCCUGACAAAAAUCCCACCGAGGGGGAGAAGUUUAAACAGAUCUCUCAAGCCUAUGAGGUGCUGUCCGAUGCAAAAAAGAGGGAAGUGUAUGAUCGAGGAGGAGAGAAGGCCAUUAAGGAAGGUGGGAAUGGAGAUGGAGGAUGUGGCUUUAGCUCACCUAUGGACAUUUUUGAUAUGUUCUUUGGAGGAGGAGGUCGCAUGCACAGAGAGAGGAGAGGGAAAAAUGUUGUGCAUCAGCUGACAGUGACUUUGGAAGACCUUUACAAUGGGGCCACCAGGAAACUAUCUGUUCAGAAAAAUGUUAUCUGUGAGAGGUGUGAAGGACGUGGCAGCCGUAAAGGGGCCAUAGAGCUGUGCACAUCAUGCCGGGGCUCGGGUGUCCAAGUCAGGCUACACCAGCUCGCCCCAGGCAUGGUGCAGCAGAUCUCCACCAUCUGUGGCAGCUGCCAGGGCCAGGGUCAGCGCCUCAAUCCCCGCGACCGCUGCAAAACCUGUGCUGGACGCAAGAUCUUGCGUCAGAAAAAGAUCCUUGAAGUGCACAUCGAUAAAGGGAUGAAAGAUGGACAGAAGAUUGUUUUCCAUGGAGAAGGGGACCAGGAGCCUGGUCUAGAACCUGGCGACAUCAUUAUCGUCUUAGACCAGAGGGCACAUCCCGUAUUCACGAGACAAGCAGAGGACCUGUACAUGACCAUGGAACUUCAGCUUGUUGAGUCAUUAUGUGGUUUCCAGAAACCCAUCAAGACACUAGAUAACAGAACUCUCCUUAUUACUUCUCAUCCAGGCGAGUUAAUCAAACCUGGAGAUAAGAAGUGUGUGCUGAAUGAGGGAAUGCCCAUGUAUCGUCGACCAUUUGAGAGAGGCAGACUCAUCCUCCUCUUCAGCGUUGUCUUCCCUGAGGCAGACUUCCUCCCUUUAAACAAACUGAAGCAACUGGAACAGUACUUCCCUGACACACGUGAGAAAGGUGAACCGGACAGCAUGGACGAUGACCUCUAUAUUUACGCAGACCUUGAGGAUUGUGACCCUGCGCGUGAACGACGCCAUUAUCACUACAUAGAGGAAGAGGAUGACUUCCACCCAGGUGGAGGGGUACAGUGCCAAACCUCAUAGGGCUUCCAUGGCUCUAACCACAUUUCUCUCCACCUCCACCCGCCAUUCUUUGCUCCUGCUGCAUAGUCGAUAAUUGUGGAAGAGAAAGUGUUGAGAAGGAUGCCAAAUCCCAUUUUCUCAGUCAGUUAACUUUCUCCUGAAAAGCCUCUGGCUGAAUUAUUAGACUCUUUUUAACUUUUGUGACUGGAAGAAGCCGAUUUCUUAAAAUGAACACUCAUGAACAAGUUUACGAUCCAAAGUCUUUUAGAAAGGUAAUUAUUGACAGGAUCUGUGAGGUGUUCACAGUGGCUGUGGUACAGAGUUGAUAAAAUCUCUAAUAUGGAUGCUUGGUGUAAAGUGUACGAUGUUUUAUGCUGUGUUCAAAUGUCUGUGGAGUAUCCCAUCGCAGUUGCCGUAAGUGAAAGCAAAUAGCUGACUCUUCAACACGUGAUCUUACGACGACAGCCACUGCAAAACCUUAAGCCGUGUUCUGUUCUUGCCAUUUUGCCAACACCUGCACCACUGUUUGUGUAUGUGCUCUGCAAUGUGCCAUUUUAAUGCCGAAUGUAAAGAUCAUACACUGGUGACAUGGGAGCCAUGCUACUUUAAAAUAUACAACAGCAAAAAAAAUUUCAGCUGUGUAUACAUAUUGUUAACUGUUAAGAGGCCUCAGCAAUAGGCAGUGGUCAAAAAGUAACCUAAUUUUGAUUGUUUAUUAGACAAAAAUCAUCAGUAAAAGCCUUAUUGCUGUUUUGAACAGCACACUGAAUAGAAUGAAAACGAAAAGGGUGCAACAUGCAUAUUCAGAACAGGGUCAGCACUGUGGUGCGUGUAUUCCAAGACCACAUUUGUAGUAGAGUUAACAUGAAGUAUGAAAACAAUGGUAAUGCACACUAUUUACUGUAGUUUUUAUUUCUUGAUAAUUUUUAUUCUGCUGCUUAUUGUACCCCUGCUGUUUGUUGCUUGCGAAAUGUAUCUAGCUGUCUAAAGUCCCACGAACCACCCUUUAAAAUUAAAUUAACAGAUGUUUUACCCUUUUAAUCUAUCAAAAAGGGUAGUUUUUUGUUGUUGGGUUUUGGGGAAAAUUGUGUGUAAAUAGGUGCCAGAAGCAGCUAGAAAAACACCCUAGAAAGAUGCACGUGAUGGCUGCUGGAGCACUGUGCAAAAGUUGUUGCUAUGAAAACAUGUUGUUAUGGGUGUUUUGCAUGUCCUCUUUGAUACAGGGGUAGUUCUAGGACAUUGCUUCUAUUUUCAAUAAAUGCUGUAUACUUUUGUAUUUUGGUUACAGCAAAAUUCAGCAAAAAAUUAAUUUCCCCCAUACCCCAAAAGUAGUUCAUUGAACCACAUGUGUCUUAGUAUUAGUGUCUUGUGAGGCUCAUUUUACCCCAAUUGUUUUUGGGUAAAAGUCUUAUUUUUACUGCUUUAAAGAAUGUCAAGAUGCAUACUUGUUUAAAUAAGCAAUUUUGUAGCAGUGAUCUUAAUAAGUGUAUGCCCAAAGAAGAAUCAUAUUGUUAUUUGAAUAACUUGCAACAUCCCAGUAAAAUUUGGCCUUCAAAAGAAAGUGAUCCCAGUCAUCUGAGAUGCCAAAUAUUGGCAGUGCUUAGCUACACAGUGUAGUUUUGUUCAUUUUUAUAAAUUACGGUAAGUCAUACUAGCCACAUGUCCUAAACAACAACAGAAAGUCUAUGUAACAUUGGUCAAAACGAAAUGCAGUUUAAGACAAAUGUCUGAAGAUUUGGGCAUGUAUUUAUGGAAAAGAUUUUAGUAGCUCGCAGUACUUGCUAGCUAGAUUAACCUUUCAGCUCCAGUGUGUUUUUUUUUGUUUGUUUGUUUAAAAAAAAAAAAAAAAGGUCAUACAUGAAACAGGCUGAUGGAGUACAUUUGGUAUAAGUGAAAAAUUGUGUGCAUUUUAUGUGUUCUGUUAAGUGCCCAGUAUUUGCUUGGUUGUCAGUAUUUUUGAAUUAUGACCUCUAAAUUACAUUUACGUUAUGACUAUAACCUGUUAACUGAAAUGGAAAAGUUUUUGGAUACAUUGAGUUAUUUUUACAUGUGUAGAUGCAUUUGCACAAUAAUUAUAAAAUGAGUUAUUUAUUAGUAUAAUUUUUCUAUGAUGUUUAACUGAUGAAUAUAAUCCUAUCUUCUAAAACAUGAUUAAUUUUAUCACAAUAUAGCAAAUUUAUGCAACAAUGAGACAAAAUAAUUUUACCUUUCAUAAUGACAUGCUCUUUUUUCAUUAAUUUUUAUCUGAAGUCUUUAAGGUCUUGUUUUGUCUCCAAAUAUUGAUUACAAAUUCUUCACCUGUGAGGCCUUACUAAAUAUGUGUAAAGGCAGUCCUAGCUCGGUGUUUUGCAGCAAAGGACACACAUUCAGACUCAGUGGGAUGCUGGCUUUUUUGGUCUUCACUAUGCCCUGGGUCUCAGGAAAACAAUUGCUUUUUUCAUCGUGUUGGAGAGCUGAAGGGCAAAAGUACUUUUCUGAAUCUGUGAAAAGUAUGGUUGUUGUCUAAGUGCUAUAUUAGAAUCAGUUUUAUUUGGCCCAAUAAUGUAGAUGUUGUACUUUUAAUUUAUGAAUUAAACUCUCCUUUACCUGCA